GAAUCCCAAUAUUUCAUGAACUGUCUUACAAAUUUGGAAAUCAAGUAUCCUUUAUCCUUAUAGCUAGGUUAACAAACUCUCUGAAUUUGCAUCACCUCACAUAUAUAAGCUUUCUGGAAUUUCAAGUAAGUCUCCAUCAUUUUCUCAUAGAAUCUUCGCAAAUACAGAAUCCCAGUGUUUAGAAACUGUCAAUAUGAAUCUUCCACUUGCUCGCAAUUCACAAGUCGAGUUACAACCCCCAGUAAACGCACCAGUUCAUGACAGAGUUCGAGGAGAUCAAUCACCACCAUCCGAACUGAGAGGUACAAUGAUUCCACUUCCGAUUCCACUGAGUUCAGAAUGUGAAGAAUUGCUCAAUGCGCUACUCUUGGAACGUGGACAUCCAGGAAAUACUGUGUAUCGCGGGUCCAAAGAAGGCGGAAAUAACAGUCUUGUGUUAUUCGAUUGCAAAGAAACUCCAUUCUAUCAACACCCCAGGUUCUGCAUACGGACCCCUCGAUACAUUUAUUUUUCUCAGGAACGCCAAUAUCCUAUCUAUCAGCAAGUCAAAACUCUUGUAGCAUUGACAUAUCAAUUCGGAGUUCAUGGAGUCGGUUUGCCUAUCCCUUAUAUCUUUUUGCAUGACUCCGGUUUUAGGAACGCUAUUUCUUGUCCGUAUGUUAUCAUGCAAUUGAUAUCUGGGAUCACACUAGAGAAAUUAUAUCGAACCAUGCGACGAUCAGCAAACGUUCUCACCCUUCCAUUGCAAUACUGUGAACUUGCGCGUCAAAUGGCACAUUUCAUUGCUAGGAAGGAAAGCGUUAAGAUUCCAGGCUACGGUGUCCUCAGAAAUGAAACAGACACGGAAACAUUGAACAGAGAAGACUCCAAUGCUUGCUACAACCUUGCCGUGGAACAACUUAACGUAGCGGGUAAAAUGAUUCCAAAAUUUGGAUUUAGCAAGUUCAUCGCUCACUUGACGCGGAAAGAAUUCGAUAGAUAUUUUGAUCUAAAGGCAGUGGGUCAGAGAUAUCAAGGCAUAAAACUCGGGUAUGUAUGGCAGGUUAUGACUGGAAGAGGUUUAUUCAGCGAUCAAGACUCGACACUUUGGCAUCCAGACUUUCAUCCAAGAAAUAUUUUGGUUGUACGACAUGGAAGUGAUGUUCGUCUGUCAGGUGUUAUUGAUUGGGACAAUGCUUUAGCUCUACCGCGCAUCAUGACGAGAGAGCCUCCUUCAUUUCUCUGGAAUCAGCCAGGCGUUCUUACACAGCCAGAGGCUGAUGCAGUCAAACGAGCAUUCGAUGAAACUAUAGAACAAUUGGUCCCUGGCUAUAUAGAAGAUGCAUACUCAAGAAUUCGAGUUCUCAUUCGAGCACUGGGCAUAUAUGUAUUAUAUGGCCCCCAAUGGAAGCAUUAUGGAGAAAUCUCCUUUGAGGAAUUCCUACUGGAAUCUGAAAGAUUUUUUUCGCCACAUUUACGAUUCCCCAGGACAUGAUUCAUUCCAUUUCUUUAUGAGAAAUACAGCGCCGGUUUGAAGAUCUGUUAAUUCUAGUAGUAACCUCUGAAUAGUUAAGUUUUAGAAAAUAUCAGCGAAAUAUAAUUAAUGCAAUAACCCCUUGGAUUCA